GUAAAAUAGCCAAAAGUCUCUAUGCAUUUGCAAUGUCAUCGCGCCAAUCCGAUUCUCUCGUUCCGCCACUCACUUGGAGGAGCGCCGCCGCCGCCGCCGCCGCCGGAUGAGCGCCGCCGAUUGUUCUCUCGCGGCGUUCCAUCCAAUUCACCGCCCGCUCUCCCGUCGUCCGGCGUUCUCCUCCGCCCCAAUCUCCUCCGUCCGCCUCCACCGCCAUCUCCUCGGCCGCGCUCGCUCCUCCUCCGCCGCUCAAGGCGCGCCGACAGCCGCGGCAUCCUCCGCCGGGCGUCUCCGAUCACCAUGUCCUCUCCCGGCGCGGACCGGCUCCCGCUCGAGCUGACCGAGCUCAACGACGAGCCCGAUUUCGAGAAGCUCCUCGCUCCCGGCGGCGGCCGCAUCUCCAUCUGCGGCUUCGGUUCUCUUCUCUCCGAGCGGAGCGCGAGGAGUACGUUUCCCGACCUGGUGGACUUUCGCGUGGCGAGAUUGGACGGAUUCCGGCGCGUUUUCGCCCACGCCGCUCCGAUCUUCUUCGAGCGCGGCAUCGCCAAGCCCGAAACCAAGGAGAUCUCCAGCCUCAGCGUGGAGCCGUGUGAUGGCGAGACUCUCGUGGUUACCGUCUUCGAGAUCGAAAAAUCCGAGAUACCAGCUUUCAUCAGGAGAGAGCUCGAGUUCCGAUUUCUCGCCGUCAGACCUCAGACACUUGAUGGCAAGCCCUUUGAGAAUCUAGCGGUGCUUUGUGCUCGUUAUAGUGAUGAGGAAUUUUUCCGAAUCAGAUGCAGAGGAAGCAAGGAGAUCUAUUUUCAACAUUAUGGACGUUACAAUAUUGACAAGAUAUGGCGGGAUGACAUUUUACCUUGCCGCGUCUAUCUUAGGCACUGUGUCUUGGCUGCAAAGAAUCUGGGUGAUGUCGCCUAUGACAAUUUUCUGGAUCACACAUACCUGGCUGACCGUCAGACAACGAUCAGAAAGUAUUUGGGAACGACAGGGUUGGGCAUCAUGGAAGAGGAGCCUCCAGAAUCCCUGAGAACCCGUUAUGGUGGCUAAAGUCACCGGUGAUGCUUCUGCAAAAGUUAUUCUUGAUUCGGACCUUGUGGUGUUCAUCCUCCCACAAUUUCAAGAAGCCUAAAGAAAGCGAUUCUGUAUGAUAUUGAAUCAUUUCUUCUCUUGUUUUUUGAUCGACUUAACUAGGCAAUCAGCUGAAAUCUGGUUGUAAAGCUUUUCACAAGAUGCGUUUUGGCA